CAAAGCUGGCGUCGGGGAGUUGGCCAGAUGCCCGUUUGCGUCAAACAUGCAGAUUCAAAGUGGUCUGCUACCACUACGUCAUCAGUCACCACGCUUGCAGUCUGCGCACACUGAGUACCGAACACCUGGGCGGCCGACAGCGUCUCGACGACCGUUGGGCGAAUUGAUCAGCAGCCGUCGCUGCAUGACCCAUUGUCCUUAUCAUCCUCCUCGCAUAACGAGUUAUCGCAGCGCGAACGCCACCAUUACCUGCGCUUCGAGAGAUCGUCUUGCUCGAGCAAGACAACAGGCCAUGCACUUGCCGCUGCGAUGAACUCAGAUUCAUCAUCAAAGGAGUCUUCAAAGGGAGAGUCGGACAGUGAGGAAAGCGAUAUAUCACAGUCUCAAGCGACGCACGAAUCGGCAUCGACGCGAUCGUGGCAGCGUCAGCAGGAGGUACAGGAGGCAUCAGAGCUGCACAAGAGACUAGACAAUUCAGCGCGCAGUGUCGGUUCGGGUCAAUCUCAUCUGGGCAAUAUCGGCCAGAAAGACACGGAAUGGGCAAUGGGAAAGGAUGGUCCUGAUGGCCCGGAUAUGUCGCAAGCAUCGGAGGUGGAAGAUUUGAGCAAAUUGCGUGCUGCAGUCAACGCCAGGCUCUCCCAACAGACACGUCUGCGAGCCCGGCAAAGCUCAAGUUCUGGAGCACUUAUCGGCGUAUCACGCGUGUCGCCCAUCAAAGAGGAGACUCCGACUCCUCCGAGAAUAUCAGAAGCCGGCGCGGAGCAGGCAAAUGCGCACCAUUUGACUGCUCGUGCUGCGUCUACUGUCUCCACAACGUCGACUGAAUCUCAGCGAACAGUGCGAGGUGGUGGGUCCACUGGCGCAGAAACUCCACUUCGCACACCUUCAUAUCCAUUCCCGUAUGUUCCCGGAACGCCCAGAGCAUGGUCCGGUGGGCUUCAUCAGCCGUUUACGGCCCUUUCACCGACGAUGUCAGGAACCCAAAUACACGAGAGGUUCAAAUCGCAGAGGACCAACAGUGGGCUCACGUCUUCGGCCACCACUCCGAGUGUAAUGGACGCUUUCUCUCCUCCGGACGAACAUCCUGCCGGCGUCGAAGAAUCCCAAUAUCCCUCGCCGAAUCUGUAUAAUUUGAGUCUCAAAUUACAUGCUGAGCCUGGUCUCGAGGAAUGGUGGACAAAUUUGACAAAUCUCUUACAUGAUCAUUUCAAGGCAGAUCGUGCUACUUUAAUCAUGCCAACGGACUCAUCUGACAUAGAGAAUACACCAUGGGGGCUGAAGGCGACCUUCAGUAUGAACGGACCCGAAGAGUUCGUGUCUCACAGUAUCGUCGAAGCCCAGACUGCACAUGUUCAGGCUGGCGGACUAGGCCGGCCUGAAUUUACGCUCCGCGAACCAUCUACAGAAACGUCUUCCGACGCACGUCCACAGAUAUUGCAUCCCGAGCGACUUCGUCCCCGUCUGGAGGCACGGCACUCGUAUGCCGGCCACGGUCAGAGAAGCCCCGGACUUGGCCGCGAUGCACGUCCAAGUCUCAACGCUACUGGAACAGAAAUGCCUGGCAAGACCACUCAGCGCCCCGCUGGCCCUCAGAGGUUUGUCACAUAUAAUGCCGAUGCGACAGGACAGACGAAAAUGUCACGAACACCCUCUCAAUCGACGCAGACACCAGCAAACUUGCGGCAUACUUCACUGAGCGACCCAGACUUCAGCAGCGUUGCCGGAGGGGUUGACGCUGGGCCCUACGCUGAUGUUUACUCGGCUUUACGAGCCCUAGAUCGAGAGAAUCGGCCACUUAUUGAAACGAGCGGCGUUAAUCGUGUACUGCAAAGGGGUAGAGUCGUUACUGUCAUCCGAGACUACUCUUCCGAUUCCUCAGAGCCAUCAGCAGACGCAACAUCUGUCCCUUCAGUCGCAUCGAAGCAGGAAAUGCUGUUCGGGAAUUACCGCAGUGCCUUCGCUGCUGAUAAUAUUCCCUCCAUACGCAAGGACUAUGAAGAGUACGAACAGCAUCCUUCAUCUCCAUGGGCGCAGUCACCAGCACCAUCGCCCGCGAUACAGGUAGAUGAGGAGAGGAACCCUUUCUUCGCGUCUGACGAGCAGCAAGUAGAGGACUCUUUCAAUCCUGCCAUCAGUCCACGAGACUAUUCUCAAGAGCUCCAGGUCGAAGCCAUAGGCAUCGACUGUGCCAGUACAGUCAUACACAUUCCGCUCAUUCAUCCCACUAUUUCUCAACCCAUGCAGUCUCUCAGAAUGACGCCUCAAUCAAAACACAGAGCCGGCAAUCUCCAACGAAGCAAUACCAUCGAUCUGCAAAGAAUGGCACCGAUCGCUAUACUUUCGGUCCUCACAUCCAUCGUGCCAUAUCCCGACAAUCUCGUACAUUCUCUCAAACUUCUUGGGCCUCAUCUCGCUACCUCGUUUUCCAUUGCACAACAGUUUAGUGCUUUACGGGGUCAAGCCGUAAGGAUUCGACAGCGAAUACCUGAAGAAGGGGAGACCAUCAUGACGGCGCCGAUGACUGUUGAACUUAUGUCCAUCGAAGAUGUGGUCAACACAGGCUUCAGGAGGACAUCUGACAUGGUGUCUGACACGGUAACAAGCCCAUCCGAAUAUUCUGGGCGCUCAAAGAACAGUCCGCUAGGGUCGUUCUCGGGCACGCCGGGUUGGGAGACGAACACCUCCGGGACAUCUCAUCCUCGGUCCACUGCUGGAACACCCUCGGCCGGGAACGAAAGAAGCAAUGACUAUUUUGAGGCGCAGAAGCGUUUAAAGAGAGGGAGUCACGUGGCUAACAGCGCGCCAGUGAGCACGACCAGAGUGACGCGACAGCAGACAGACACAGAGCAUGGUCUGCAACGAGCUGCUACCGAGGGCCCCUCAGCUACUGCGGAGAAGAAUCUGCAGAACAAACAAGCGUCAAAUGUCAGAGACGACAAGUUGCAGCAAGUGGUCGGACUUGUGCAUGAGGAACAGACUCCUUCGCCCUCUCGAAGCGCGCGGCCGUCCAUGGCCCAUCUACCCGACUACAUCGCACAUCAGAAGAAGCAUCACACCUUGCUGCAUUCAUAUGGAGCAGAUUUCGACUCAUCAUUUGGCGGUCUCUCAACUACGACGCCAGGUGAAGCGGGCCAUACUCGAAGAGCAUCGCAUUCAGAUGAGAUGCCUCCUCCAUCUGAGCGUCUUCUGAGAUUGAUUAUAGAUUCGGUGCCCGUUCAAAUAUUCACUGCGCAGCCAGAAACAGGACAGCUCAGCUGGGUGAACGCGAAGCUGUUGAAUUAUCGCGGACAAGAUAGCCGCCAGGUGCUCAAGGAUCCUUGGCAGGCAAUACAUCCGGAUGAUCACGCUGAGUUCCUUUCCGUAUGGCAUCGCUCGCUGAGGACUAAUCAGCAAUUGUCGCAAAAAGUCCGAAUGCGUAACAAAGAUGGCAAAUAUCGCUGGUUCUAUGUGAAAUGUCUACCGCUCAAAACGCAAGAGCACAAGGUUGUGCAUUGGAUUGGCACGAUGAUGGACUUCCAUGAGCAGCACAUGGCAGAAAUCAAGAUUGCGUUCCAGAAGGAAACCGAGGCUUCUCAAGCCAAGUACAAGGCCCUUGCAAAUUCUAGCCCGCAGAUAGUCUUCUCGGCACAAAAGGCAAAAGGGAUAACCUUCUGCAACACACAAUGGCUACAAUACUCCGGUCAAUCCGAGCGAGAAGCUUUAGGGCAGGGUUUCCUGGAGCAUGUACAUCCAGACGACCUUGUCAAAUGCCGGUUUCCAAUAUUCGAAGAUGGAUCAGCCGAGCCUGUAAACGUUCCUACGUCCAUGCCUGCGGAACCGAGACGGACAAUUUCUGCAUCGGCCUUAUCCUCAACUGCGUCUUCAGAGACCGAAAAGCCACCCUCAAGCUCUGACUCUACUGCAUCGCCUACGUCUCAAACUACGGCAAUCAUGCCACAACGGAAGCUUUCGGAACUUGCGAGUAUCGGUAUCCUCAAGGUAAGCCGAGACGCAGAUGGCCGACCUUCGUACUCAACCGAAGUUCGAUUGAAAUCGAAGGAUGGAAAGUACCGCUGGCAUCUCGUUCGCGUAUUACUAGCGGAGGCGGACUCGCAGGACAACGAUGAAGGCACUUGGUAUGGAACCUGCACGGACAUUAAUGACCACAAGACACUCGAAAGAGACCUUAAAGAGACGAUGGACGAGAAGUCGAGAUUCCUGAGCAACAUGUCUCACGAGAUUCGAACUCCGCUCAACGGCAUUACGGGCAUGGUCAAUUUCCUCAUGGAUAGUAAUCUCACCGCGGAGCAGAUGGAACACGUGAAUAUCAUCCGUACCAGCACAGAAGGCUUGCGAGGCUUGAUCAACGACAUCCUUGAUCUUUCAAAGGCCGAAGCAGGCAUGAUUACGCUGAAGAAAGACUGGCUUUAUCCCCGUGCUCUCAUUGAGGAAGUGAACGAUCUGACAUCGACAAUGGCGAUUGACAAGGGCCUCGAACUGAAUUACCUUGUGGAUGAAGACGUACCGCCAAUCAUAAAGGGAGACAAAUUCCGGAUUCGUCAGAUCCUGCUCAACACUGUCGGCAACGCCAUCAAGUUCACACAGAAAGGUGAAGUUUUUGUGAGGUGCUCCCAGCUACCCGAUGACGAAGGUUUGCUCGGGGCAGACGAGAGCUUCAUCAAAUUCGACGUCAUUGAUACUGGUAGAGGGUUUACUGAUCAAGAAGCCAAGUUCUUGUUCAAGCGCUUCAGUCAGAUUGAUGGCAGUAGCACGCGUCAACAUGGAGGCUCAGGUCUAGGCUUGGUGAUCUCGAGGCAACUUGCACAGCUCCAUGGUGGCGACAUGACCGCUACAGGAGUUCCAAAUAAGGGAUCAACCUUUACAUUCGUCAUCCAAGCUGGACUCAUGUCUGAACAUGAUCAUCUACCUUCGCUUGCCCCGAAUGACGCAAUGACAUCUGAUAGCUCUGCUUCCACCCUCGAGAGACCUACGAUCAAGGCCUUGCCGAGCCUGGCCAAGACCUCUUCGUCUUCUUCAGAUUCCAGGUCCCGGCCUUCACCAAGAUUUGCGCACGAUGUGACCGAAACACCUCCGUAUUUGCCAUCGUCUCCAGAUGUCGCCAAGCAAUCUUCGCCAUCUGUGUCGUCCGCGAGUUCAGAUCCAUCUGUGCAUUCAAUAGCUCGCAGCGGAAGUCUCCCUUCUGCUCGAUCUUCCGCGUCGUCAUUCGUGCCAGAGUUGCUUCCUCAAGCCGGUACAAUGAAGCUAUCUCUCCCGCUGGACACGCGACGUCUGUCUAAUUCCCAGUCACAAAUGUCGGACGCGUCGGACGACACUGCGAAGCAGUCCGCCUCCAACACCCCCGCGCUAUCCUCGCCUCCAAUGUUCUCGAUCCUUGUGAUAGCAUCACUGGAAUACAGUCGACAAGCCACCGUGCAGCACAUAAUAAAGACAUUACCGAAGAAUGUCCCACACCAGAUCACGGCGCGUGAGAGUCUCGACCAAUGCCGUAAUCUCCUUGGUGGUGUCGAACCGAUCACUUUCUCUCAUGUCGUAAUCAACCUGCAGGAUAUCGGGGAGAUUAUAGCAUUAAUGACGCAAAUCCUACAAUCGAGCUCGUCCACGUCAGUGGUACUCAUCUCAGAUCUAGCACAACGCAAGCAAAUCAUUGAGCAGGCACCAACUCUCAAUUAUGACCAGCUCACCGUGUUGCGGAGAUUACUAUUUAUUUUCAAACCCUUGAAGCCUUCCCGUCUUGGUUUGAUUUUUGAUCCUCAGAAGGAACGCGAAAUGAGCAACGAUCGCAACCAAGACAGCGCAAAGCAGGUCGCCACAAACCAAAAACAAGUAUUUGAAGAGCUCACAUUACGCCUCGGAAAUCGUGACAAACGUGUUCUGAUUGUCGAGGACAACAGAACGAACCUGCUCGUCAUUCUAAAGUUUUUCUCAAAGUCUGCCAUCAAAGUCGACACGGUCUUUGAUGGCGUUCAGUGCACCGAUAAAGUCUUCGCCAUGCCUCCGGGUUACUUCUCCAUGAUCUUGUGCGAUUUACACAUGCCCAAUAAAGAUGGAUACCAGACCUGUAGGGAGAUCCGCAAAUGGGAGAAGAGGAACAAGCACAGAGCCAUUCCAAUCAUCGCCCUAUCAGCGAAUGUUCUAGACGACGUCUAUGAGAAAUGCGUGGCGGCUGGUUUCAACGAUUACAUGACAAAGCCGGUCGAUUUCAAGGAGCUCAAGCAUGUCCUUUUACGAUUCAUGGACCCACAAGAUCCAAGUCAACCGCAUGAAAUGAUGAAAGUGAAGCCAGGAGAGAGCUCCGCGAGCAGUUCGAGAUGAGUUCGGAUGGCAGGUCCCGCGGGAACGUCUCAUCAUCACGCAUUUUCAACAUUUUUCACCACUCGUUUUCACAAUGCCUUUAUGGAAAUGACCUUCGAUGUUCUGACGGGAUAAAAGCAAACCUAUGUUUGCCAAAGGCGCGAUAUGUAACAUUGUCAUAGUGAAUAUAGAACUUGAAUCAGUUCAUGAUUGCGAUAU